CGUAUUAAAAAUGCCUUUGUCACCUCUUCUCCUCUCUCUCUCUCUCUCUUCUCUCUCUCUCUCAUUUGAUCAGCUAUAUUGACGAACCUUAACAAGCCCCUUAUUCAAGUCUGAACUGCGUGGUUUAUUAACAGUAGCUAUAGUCUGAUCCAAUCCAAUAUGGAGAGCACAGAUUCGUCGGGGGGUUCGCCGCAGCCGAACCUCCCACCGGGUUUUCGCUUCCACCCGACCGACGAAGAGCUGGUGGUUCACUACCUCAAGAAAAAAGCCGCCAACCUUCCUCUUCCGGUCUCGAUCAUAGCUGAAAUCGAUCUUUACAAGUUCGAUCCAUGGGAGCUCCCUGCUAAGGCGACGUUUGGGGAACAAGAGUGGUAUUUUUUCAGUCCAAGAGAACGGAAAUACCCGAAUGGGGCUCGGCCAAACAGGGCGGCGACCACCGGGUACUGGAAGGCAACCGGAACUGACAAGCCUAUAAUCUCCUCCGGCGGGACCCAGAAAGUUGGUGUGAAGAAAGCACUUGUUUUCUACGGUGGGAAGCCUCCGAAAGGGGUGAAAACUAAUUGGAUCAUGCACGAGUACCGCCUAGUUGACAACAAAUCCAAUUCAAAGCCACCGGGUUGUGACCCGGCUAAUAGGAAAGCUAAUUCCCUCAGGCUUGAUGAUUGGGUGUUAUGUCGGAUCUACAAGAAGAACAACCAGCCGAGACCGAUAGACCAUGAGAGGUAUAUGGAUUCAAUUUCCAUGGGCGAUGUGCUAUCAAGAAUACCACCUUCUUCAAUACCACUAUCCCAACAGAAUCCGAAACUGCAGGCCAUGAUGCUCGAAAACGACCGCAACUUGUUUGAAGAGAUGAUAGCGAACAAUGAAGGCAUCAACAUCAACAACACAGGGUACAACAUCUCCCAAUUGGGCACCACGUCAAACUCGAAUAAGCCGCAGAUUCCGCUGCGGUCACUCCCUUCCCUAUUCUGGAGCGACGACAACGGUGGUGGUCAUGAGGCCGUCGCGGCCAAGAGGUUUCGCGAAGACAGUAACGGAGGAGCUGGGUGCAUGGCGAAAGCCGAUGAGAAUGCUUCUUUUGCCACUCUGCUUACCAGCCUCAACCAGCUUCCGCAAAAUCCCGUAUUGCACCAGCAGACGAUGAUGGGGUCCCUCGGCGACGGCGUCUUUCGAUCAUGGUACUCCUAGAUCAUUCUUUUUGGGAGGUGGGUAUUUGUGAAAAAUUAUAAAAAAUUAUUUCUUGAAUUGGUUGAUAUUUUGUUUGGUAGGUUUAUGGAAUACUAUUGUUAAUUAGCUGCCAAUUUUAAUUUGAGGGUCAUAUAGAUAAUUAAGUAUCUACAUAUGGGAUAUUGUGUUAUAUAUAAGUCAGUUUCAUACAGAAGUAUAAUAUGUAGUGGAUAAGAUACUAUUGUUUGUAGAAAAAUAAUGCAGAGAGAGAUUAUAGUGUUUUUCAUUUAGGAUGAAAUCACAAAACACUCAUACCCUUGCAAAUUCUGUAGUAUUUUAAUUGCUGAUGAUCAUUUGAACAAA